ACUCAUGGUUGUGUUGCCCUGACUUCCACUCGACAUGCCCCUGCUGGAGUUCCUGGCUGGAAGUAUCUCAGGAGCACUGGGGAUCAUUGUGGGUCACCCUAUCGACACCGUGAAGGUGCGGCUGCAGGCUCUCACUCGGUACAAUGGCGUCGUGCAGUGUGUGGUCCAGACCUACACCAGAGAAGGGGUGCAGGGCUUCUACCGGGGCAUGGCCUUCCCUGUGCUGACCAAUGGCCUGGUAAACUCUUUGGUGUUUGGGGUCUACAGUAAUGCCCUGGAUGCCCUGAGCCAGGGCAGGCAAGAGGAGCAUGGAACUGCCCCCUCUGUGCCUGCGCUGCAGGUCUACACUGCGGGAGCCUUCUCUGGACUGGUGCAGGUUCUCGUGGCUGCCCCCAUUGACCUGAUAAAAGUGCGUCUGCAGGGCCAGACGAGCGUUGGUGGGCCCCGGGGGCCCCUGCACUGUGCUCUAGUUAUACUGAAACAGGAGGGGCCCCUGGGGCUAUACCGGGGGGGCCUGGCCAUGGCUCUAAGGGACAUCCCCUGCUAUGGCUUCUACUUCCUCCCAUACGAGGUCAUCUGUAAGGCCCUGACAGAGAGCGGGCAGAGGCCGGGCACCUUGGCAGUCUUGGUGGCGGGGGGUAUGGCGGGCGUGAUCACAUGGGCCCUGGCCACGCCCAUGGAUGUGGUAAAGGCACGCAUGCAGCUGUCAGGGGCCGGGGGUCGCAGGUACCGGGGGGUCCUGGACUGUGUGAGAGUCAGUGUGAGGGAGGAGGGCCCUCGGGUGCUCUUCAAGGGCCUGCUGCUCAACAGUGUGCGUGCCUUCCCUGUUAAUGCUGUCACCUUCCUCAGCUACGAGCACCUGAAGAAACUCCUGUGUCCCAGUCCUGCCCCCAACUGA